AUGAGGGCACAGUUCCCACUGGUCGCUAGUUCAUUGUUAAUCGUGGAAGCACAUGCGGAGAAUGCUGAAAAAGAACUUUUCGACCUUGGAAAAUGUAAUGUUAUUACCGAACUAGGACAUGUGUCUUCGGAGAGACAUGUGCCAGACCACAUUGUCAAACCUCCUUACUUUUUCGUCCGUAAUUCACCAAGCGCCGGUGAAGGAGAACCUGAGAUUAAAUCCCUCAAACAGAUAAAUGGUAUGAAAGAGAGCUGUGUUCUUGCAGCGUCAAUUUUGAAUCGGGCUUGUUCCUUUGCAAAGGUUGGUGUUACAACCGACGAAAUCGAUGGCUUCGUUCACGAGGAAACCAUAAAGGCGAAUGCCUAUCCCUCUCCUCUUCGAUACUUGGGUUUUCCGAAAUCCGUUUGUACCUCCGUGAACAAUGUCGCAUGCCAUGGGAUUCCAGACGAUCGAAAAUUGCACGAUGGAGACAUCGUCAACAUAGACGUAACGGUGUUUUUCAACGGAUAUCAUGGAGACUGCUCCAAGACCGUACUCGUAGGAAACGUGGAUGAUCGAGGAAGAUAUUUGGUAGAGAGUACUGAAGAAUGUCUUGCCGAAGCGAUCCUUUGUUGCGGUCCUGGACAACCAAUAUGUGUAAUCGGGAAAGCGAUUGAAAAAUUUGCCAAACGUAAAAGACUUACUGUGAUGCCUGCUUUCGCUGGCCAUGGAAUCGGGAGCUAUUUUCAUGGGCCGCCUAAUAUACUUCAUUUUGAUAAUGAUUAUCCUGGUGUGAUGAUUCCGGGCAUGACCUUUACCAUAGAGCCGGUGCUAACGUUAGGUUCAGCUGAGGCGGAAAUCCUUGAAGAUGCUUGGACGGCUGUAUCAGUAGAUAACGCCCGUAGCGCUCAGUGUGAGCAUACUAUUUUGAUAACGAGUGAGGGUUGUGAGGUGCUUACGUUGACUAAUUAA